UCGGAGAUCCCCAAUGUUCUUCAUCCUAAGUCCGGCCGCGAGUUAGGGGAAACAAAGAACGAGCAUGGUUAGGUAGGAUUAAUAUCACACAACGUGACCAAAACCAGAGAGGAUUAUUAAGAAGUGAGCGAGUCGCAUUGAGUUUCUUAGUCAAGGCGGGCUCGUUCGCGUGCGAGAGUCGGAGCACGAGGAGGCGGCGCUCUAGCAGGUAUCGACGUGACACGGCAACGAGACAAGACGCGACUCUGCACAUUUCAGACGUUCUAAUGAACGGAUGACGCUGUCUGAGGAGUUAAAGGAGCUUUGCAAGCCGCGAGUACGCACCGCUGUAUUUACUUAAUUAGCGUCCCGUGCUUGGUCUUAGAAAUUGCUCAGGUCCAUGACAGCUCAAUCGAAGCUUUCCAAAGUUACAAUCGAGCGAAGGAAAUAGAGACAAAUCAAGUUUCCGAGACACAUAUUUCGACCCGCAAACAUGUUCGGCCGCGUCCUCCUCACUCUCGAUGGCAUUAUGCUGCUCUUUGGCGCAUACAUGGCUGAUUGGAACGAGACGCACAUCCAUAACCCGCGGUGGCCGCCGCACGCCAAAUUCCAUAAUGCGCAAACAAUGACGCUCUCCCUAAUCCUGGGCAUGGCGACGCUCUUCUUCACGUGGCGCACCAACACGUCGGCCGAAAUGGCAAAGGAGUCGUUCCGCAUCGCGGGCUUCCUGGGGUCUAUUUACUGGGUGGCCGGGUGGGCUUCGCUGCUGUACCCCGGCACCAGCGGGCUGGACCCGGAGCACGGCGGACCGGGGUUCCCGCAGAAGUACCCCUUCACUAUGGCGAUGGGGCUCGCCAUGACGGGCAUGUAUCUCGAGGGAGGCGUCUAAAUUCGGGUUACGUGGUAUAGUCGAAGAUGUUACGUGCGAUGGAGAAUCGGGGCGAGGAUUCAGCCGGACGGCACGGUGGCGGCGGGAGGUGGAGGUACUGAGGGCAUUGCGAAAAGUGCUUAAUUGGGUUCAAGCAUUUGGAGAUCCUCUGUUUGAGUUGAGGGCAGGCCUGGUUGAGGGCGACGUGGACAUCUGGGCUGAGUUAAGAUGUUACUUAAGAUUGUUAAGUGCCUAGGUUACGAAUGCAUUCAUACUCAAAGAA